AUGGCAGCCAUUCGCCAGAACCCAAUUUCCUGUAGUGGACACACGCGCCCUGUCGUCGACCUCCAGUUUAGUGGAGAAUCAGAAUGUGGCGCUCUGCUUGUGACUGCUUCAAAGGGUAAUUAGCAUCCUCAAAUGUUUCUUCAUCUAAAUAUAUAUUUAUUUUCUGGUUCCCCGAAUAACUGUCGUUUUCACAUUGUUUAUUUUAGAUGGGAAGGCGAUGCUGCGAACCGGCGAUACAGGUGACUGGGUCGGCACCUUUCUUGGGCAUCGUGGUGCUGUUUGGUGUUGCACAAUGGACUACGCUGGACAAAAGGCGGCCACUGGCGCUGCAGACUUUUCUGCGAAAGUCUGGGAUGUUAACACGGGAGAUGAAGUGCUUUCUAUUUCGCAGGAUCACAUCGUUCGCGCUGUAGAUCUGAGCGUUUCAGACGGCGGGAAGCGACUCAUGACCGCUAAUAAUAAGCAACAAGUUCACAUUUAUGACCUCGCGGCACCUUCUUCACGUACGUUUUAAAAUACUCCCACAUGUUCACUUACCAACCACUCGCCCCCUCUUUUUCCUAGUUCGUUGGCAGUAUCCUUACGGACGCAUUAACGUGUUAUAGAUAUAGAGACAAUAGUUUCCUUUCGAGAUAUUUUUAUGCUAUUAGAUUGGCUGUCAUUUCAUUUAGCUUCUCUCUCGUACCGUAUUUCCAUUUUUUCUCACCUAGCCAUUAUAACACUUCCGGGCCAUAAAAAGACCAUCCGAAGGUGCCUGUGGAUUGACAACGAUAAUCGCGCUCUCACUAUUUCCGAUGAAAAAGUGAUCAAGUGAGUCUUUGUUGCUUGGUUCUGCUUAACCAACACUUGUUAGGGCUUCAAGCUUCCAGUUUCUUCCUCGCCAUCAGACCAGCAUACUUGUUAGAGUAGGUUCAUACCGACUGUCGUCGAGCCCAUAUCACAGCUUGACGCACGGAUAGCGGUUCACUAUUUGCGUAAAAUAGUUUGCGGAAAGGACUCGAAGUCCUAAGUUAAUGCGUGACCAAAGAUUGGAAUUAGUCAAGCAUUGGCUCCAGGUUUACUUGUCCAUAUUUUAGCGCUCAUACAGAAAUUUGUCGUCGUGGCUGUGAGGUUGAAGAUUUUCCCUGGUUGACGAUAUUGACGACAAUCAUUGAUAGUUCUUCCAGUCCCACGACUUGUCGUAAUUCGUCCUGACCUGUUUAACUGGAAGUCAUGGAAUCAGGAAGAGCGGAGUUUAACUUGUUUUUGUCUUAGUGGUUCGUUUGCAUGUGGUGGCAGUUCCAACCCUGCACCAAUGCACCCAACUAUCUGCCAAAUUCUUAAUAUGUAGCAUAACGUACAAUGUUUUGGAAUCGCGUAUUUUCUGACCCUGCUGGGUUUUUAAGACUUUACAAAUAUCGGGCCGCACGCUACCUGGCUGCCUAAUUGCUGCAGUAGGCUCGAGUGCUCUCUAAGAGCGUCUUCAGGCUACUCGCCUUAUGUGCGAUUGGACCAAGAAAAAGAAACUGCAUGUUCGCGUUACGCACGAAUGGGGUGACGUAUACGUGCGAAGGGUUGGGACGCCUCUUGCCGCAUCAGUUACUGGAUUCGCCCUCAUCUUCAGCCGGCCUGGCUCCGACUUCCCACACGCAGAUGAUAGGAGGACAAUAGGGAGGUUGACUCUCCGCGUACUUCCAAGUCUAUCCAGCACUUCCCAUGUUCGCUGUAGUAAGGGUAGUUUGUCUUUAAAUAGUCUUAGUCCGAUUAAAGUCAUGGCUGAAAAGUUUGCCGACGGACACGCGAAAUCGGCCCUCCAGACCUAGCUUGCAAUCGUUUCUUCCUAAUGCAGCCUUUUGUCAGCCAUUCGAUGAGAUCACCAGCACACCUUAGACACACAUAGAGGGAGUCGGCCACGUCAGCCGCUGUCCUGGGUCCCAUUCCGGCCAGCUUGGAUCGGCGGUGAGUCCGAGCCUCUGCCUCCAAGUCGAACUGUCUUCUAAUCCUAUAAUGACCAUCGUGAAACCUGCCUUUGAAUUAUCCACUUUUUUAAGCCCGAAAAAUCCUCUCUCCUCUGUUGCUGCCGUUUUUACUUCAGACGGUACACUCGUUUACUAGUUCAAAAAACAGACCAAUAGCAAUGGCGUUCUGAUGCGUUACAAGCCACUUUAAACUUGAAUAUUUAUCCUUAGUGCAAGUGAUACUGGAUUAGGAAGGGGAAAUUGCAAUCUUUUCAAGUCAUUCUUCUCUCGUUUCAGCUUGUGGGAUCUUACGCCCGGUGCGAGUUCUGAGGCUCGGAUGAUCUGGUCAGUCCCCCUUGAUGACUGUCCAAUGGACGCUGCAACACUCACCCUCCCAGAGGGUGGAAACUCCGUUAAGGCAGUUGUGCCUCUUGGAAAGUACGUGGUCGUCUACGACCUGGACUUCCGUGCGUCCUCUUCUUCUGCAGCACCUGAACUUGUGGCCAAAUUCGAGUUACCCUGCCCUGUGUACACCGCGCAUAUGCAUCCCUCCGGCGAUAUGAUUGUCUGCGGUGGAGAGGACAACCUGAUAUACCGGUUAGAUGUUAACACCGGCGAUAUUUUGGGUAUGUUUACCACAGGUUGCAUAUGGCGUUCACAUAACACAGGUCGUCUAUUGCUAAUGUAGAGCACAACUUUGGCCGGGUUUUACUGCCCCUCGAGAGGCUGCUGGAUGAAGGUGUCAGCAUUUUGCUUGUCCUUUGCUUAAGUUCAUAUUUUGCCACUCAUUGGAUCUGGCAAAUGGUGGUAGUGAUGUGUGGAAAGGUGCCGUUGCUGCUGCUGAUGAUGAUGAUGAAUGCCAGUAGCGGUAUUUUGAGUCACUCGUUCGAUUUGCCCGCUCAGGGUAUCGAAAUCACUCGCUGCCAGACCUGGAAGCAGUCUAGAUCCGAAUUGGGGGAUUCUAUGCCGGCCGCCUCUUUUCCCUCUGUAUAGUCUGCAUUUAAGUUACAAGCCACACUGUCUUCGCAGUUCCUCUACUUCGAAUACUAACUGAAUAGACCAAUUAGUCGCAUUCAGACCUCCGUUGCCACCGCCUCGUGAGGAGGCCGAUUUUCGGUAGUCUCUGUCUAUGAUUUGCUCCUCAAAUUGGAAUGUUUCGUAAUCCCACCUGUCUCCCUGCUGUUACCUUCAGAGUCCUGUCGCGGGCACUUUGGUCCCGUACAUUGUGUCCGGUUCUCGCCUGACGGUCACCUCUUUGCAAGCGGCAGCGAGGACGGUACAGUGCGUCUGUGGCAGACUCAUGUUGGUGAAAACUACGGCCUGUGGAAACUGGUUGAACCUACCGCAGCAGAACCGGCUGUUGUGCAGUCCUCUCCGCCGACUGUUCCGGCCUCCGUGUAA